GACCAUAUGAGGUAAAAGCGAUAUGCGGACUACUUUAUCAUCUUUGACGCCUCCAUUUGCGUCAGACAUCGGUGUUUUCUUCACGUAAUCGGAGAGAGGAAAGUUCCAUCGUUAUACGUCACAAAAUUGUAGCUGAAUGUCUUGGUUAUAAAAACGACGCGUUUCAGAAGUUUCCACCAUUAAGUUGAAAUAUUGUGAAGCAAAAGAGUCGCUAAUAUCAGUAACCAAAUUUUAAAAUUAAAAAGUAACAGAUAAAAAUGAAGAUUAGUAUUAUAGUAUUUGUGAGUUGUUUGGCUUAUUCGAGUGCAUAUCCAUAUCAGCAUAUUGAAGCAAAUUUUGAAGACCUUACUUUCAAUGAUAAAGGAAAAGAUUUUCAUGAAUUUCAUCAAUCAGAUGAUAAGUUUGCAACUACAGAUUCACUUCCAUAUAUGACAACUGGCAUGUCUGAAGAAACUACCGAGAUGGGCACUGAUGAACCUACGACGUCAGAUACGUCAGAUUCUACAACGACGUCAGAUUCUGUAACAACUGGAGAAGUAACAACAAAUGAAUACACAACAGGCACAGAAGAUGUUACGGAAUACACAACUGAGUUUACAACAGGAGAAACAUUCACGACGGAAGCAGAAGCUACUACAGAUUCAGAUUAUAUAUACAGCUUUGAAACCACAGGAGUACCGGAGAAUGAUGGAAUAUUAGCUUUGUAAAUCACCAAAUAAUGUGAAGCCAGUUUGAUUUAUUGUUUUGUGUUAUUUAUUUCAAUCAUUCUCACGAAAUGGUGUAAUUGAAACAUUAUACAGAACAUUAAAUACGUACGGCGUGAUCUAAAAUUAUCUUUAUUUUACUUUUGAUUUUCUAUAUUGCAAUCGGGUUUCUCUUUUUUUUCAUCGUUUUUAUAAAUGUAAACGUAUACCAAAGGAUUGUCAGUUGUUCAUUGAUAACUGAUGGAAAUAAACUUUUUUCUCUGGAGGCGUAUCGUUGAAAAAUCGA